GAUUCAAGAAUGCGUGUAUUUGGCGACAUUAAAAAUGGUCUAGAAUUGCCCAAGAUAAACUUUAAUAAACAACAACAAGAGUCGAAUAACGGAAAAGAAGUUAAUUUAAACUUGAAACACUCAAAUACUACUAACACGAACGUAAUCGCUGGUGCAAGAAUUUUUAAAUCAUCAAAAAAUCACAGUUCAAUUAUGACUACGCCAAAAAAAUCAGUUUUCAUUGGGAAAAAUUCUGAUAAUUCUUCUCAUUCGCAAACGAAACGUAAUGGAUUAAAUUUUGAGCUCAGUUUAACUCCUAAAGGAAAAGAGAAUAAGAUUAAUUGCGAUAAUGAUAAAGAAGAUUUGUCGCAUAAAUCGAAAUCACUUAGUCAACAAAAAAAUAAUGGCGCUAAUAUAGCGUUUAACUUGAAUUUGGCUGUCAAUAUGGAUGAUACAACAAAAAACAAUAGUCAUAACAUUCCCACAAACAGUGCUAAAAAGAUCACCACGAAUAGCAACGCCAAUACAAUGUUAUCCGAUUCAGGUAUUCUCGAUACAACACCAAACAAAAUUGAUCAACCAUCGUCAAUCAAAGUAGCCGUUCGUAUGCGACCAUUGGCUAACAAUGAAAAAACUGGAUCACAAAAAAAUGGCAAAAUUACAGAUGUACUAAUAAAAGAUAGUAAAGUGAUGAUACCAUCUAAAAAAGAUUUAUUCGAAUUUGAUUAUUGUUUUGAUUCAUCAAAUCGUGAAUUGUUUCAUUAUGCUUCGCAAGAAGUUGUGUAUCGCAAGAUGGGUCAUCCAUUAUUAGAUUAUGCCUUUCAAGGUUAUAAUGUUUGUUUGUUUGCUUAUGGUCAAUCUGGCAGUGGAAAAACGUACACAAUGUUGGGCACUGAAGAGAAUCCGGGUGUUACGCCUCGUUUUCUCAACGAUUUAUUCAAACAAAUUUCUACUACGAAAAAAGAAAUUGAAUACAUUAUCAACGUUAGUUUUCUCGAAAUUUAUAAUGAAAAAAUAUAUGAUCUACUUUCUGAUGAAUUUGAAAUGAUUGGUAAAAAUUUACGUGUACGUGAACAUCCUCAAACUGGUCCAUAUGUUGAAGAUUUAACGGUUUUCACCGUAGAAAAUUAUGAAAAUGCUAUGGAAUUACUUAAAAAUGGUCUUGAUCGUCGAUCGACUGCAACAACAAGUUUGAAUGAGAAAAGUAGCCGAUCGCAUUCAAUUUUCAGCAUUAUUUUGGUACAAAAUCGUCAUUUUGAUAGACACGAUGAUGAUGAUGAUGAUGGCGGAAAUAAUCCACGCACAACAGAAACAUCAUGUAUUUCUAAAAUAAAUCUGGUUGAUCUGGCUGGAAGUGAACGCGUAGGUAAUUUGAAUUCGGAUCAUUUCCGUGAAGGUACGAUGAUCAAUAGAUCGUUAUUAACGUUGGGCAAGGUUAUCUCACAAUUGGCUGAUAAUAGUAGUAGCCGUCUGAAUUCGACACAUCAUUCACAUAUUCCUUAUCGUGAAUCAGUGUUGACUUAUUUGUUACAAGAUUCAUUAGGCGGCAAUUCUCGUACAUCAAUGAUCGCAACGAUUUCACCAGCUAAGAUUCAUUUGGAAGAAACAAUCAGUACACUUCGUUACGCAUCGACUGCACAGAAAAUCGUUAACAUUGUGCACGUAAAUGAGGAUCCAAAAAUGAAAAUCAUCAACAGCCUAUUGAAACAGAUUAGUUUUCUUCGUAAAGAAGUGGAUCGUACACGUGAUUCACCACUCAAUAAUAAUUACGUGGAUAAUAAUCAAAAUGAAUUGAAUAACUGUGAGUAUGGAGACAACGAAGUUCGAAAUGAUGAAUGCUAUUGUGAUCAUGGAACCGAAAAGAUUAGUGAUCUCAAAAAACGAUUUGAGGCCAUGCUUAAAAAUGGAGGAAAAAUUCUCAAAGAAAUCAAAUCUAAAAAGCAUUUCAAAAAUGACCCCGAUUUAAACCUUGAUAGAUUAAAAUUUGAACAUAAACUUGAUCAUCUUCGAUCGUUGAUCAAGUCAGUCAAAAAAGAAGAUCAUUUAAAAGGAUUGAAAACGAUUACAGAAUAUGAAUCUAGUGAUCGAGAGAUCAAUAUAACAAAGAAGACAACUAUUACAACCAGUGUGUUCGAAUUUGAUACCACAAAACAUAGCGAAAAAGAGAAGAAAUUUGAGCAGCGAGAUUUCAAAAAAAUUGAAACUAAAUUUGAUAAUCAUGUUGAAGAAAAAACCGAUGAAUUGAAUGAAGAUGACAAAAAGCUACAGCAAGGGGAUAACGAUACAUUUCAUUCAUGUGAUCAAUCAUCCAAUGAUGGAAUGUUACAAUUGGCCACUGAAGACAGUACGGCUAGUCAAAAUUUUAAGCCGGACGAUAAUGAUAGCAUCAAUAAAGAUGAAAAUUCCAAUGUUUCGGAAGUAAAAGAUGAUCAAGUCACUGACAAUGACUUAAAAGAUGAAAUUGACGAUGAAAAGGCUGAUAAAUCAAAAACAACCAUUAAUUCGACUGGUGAUCUUAAAGAUACUAAAAAUAAAGAUUCUGGUUCAGAUGAAGAUGAAGAUUGGUCAAGCGGUAAACGAGGUAAAAAGAACAAAAAGGAUAAAAAACAAAAAAGUGGUAAAAAACAAAAAAGUGGCAAAAAAGCUCGUUGAUGGAAUAAAUGAAAAAGCAGUUCAUCCAAAAACAUACACAUGCAACAAUGAAACAAA